CCUAUAGGUGCAGUCAACAACAAACCGUGUCUAAUCAUAGGAGAUGUGCUAGAACGACAUAUUACAAGAGCAGGGUCACAGAUGGCAGGGCAUGUCCUCCUAACUUUGUUGAUCGCGCGAUUCGCAUGAACAGGCUUUAGUACUGAUUGCUUGUAACUCCAAAAACCUCGUCGACAUGGCUAACCCACGUGAUGGACUCAGCAUGGUUAUCGAUGGUGGUUCUGAUGGCUACAGCAGUUGCGGUUAUUGUAACGGGAAGCAAUGCUCCGUUUCGCACGGAAUGCAUGCGCGUGGUCUCACAGUCUAUGCGUACCAAGAUCUUAUCGACCAGGGAUGGCGUCGCUCCGGCACCUACCUCUAUAAGCCCGACCUCGUCCGCAGCUGCUGCAAGGCCUACACCAUCCGGCUAGAUGUGCAGCAGUUCCAACCGGACAAGGGGCAGCGGCGCCUGCUGCGCAAGUGGCGCGACUUCCUGUCCGGCUCUCAGCCUAUGGCCGUGGAGCAAGGCGAGGGCAGCGCCCCUGGGGACGCCGGCGGCAGCAACGCAGCGUCCACAGACGCUACCAGCCAUGCCUCUCUUCAGGGGGCUGCUGACGGUGCCGCAGCAGGUCCCCAGGGGGCCGGGGCGGAGGCGGGGGCCGAGGAGACACGGGCGCUUCUGCAGCAGCUGCUGGCGGCAGCGCUGGCGGCGGCGGUGUCCGCAGGCGAGCUGCCGCAGUGCGACUACCCGGCACCUGUCGUACAGCUGUGUACGGCAAAGCAGCGUCAGUCGCUGCAAGCUGACGUCGGCUUCACCUCGGCUUCAGCCUUUCAGCUGGCUGCGGCCGCAGCGCGGCGGAACGCGGCGUCAUCUGAGGCAGGAGCGCCGCCGAGCGUUGCCCCGCCGCCAAGCAAGCAGCAGCGGAAGGCCGCCGCGGCGGCGCAGGCAGCGGCCUCGUUGAGCGCGCAGAGCGUGGCGACGUUGCUUACUCGUCAUUUUAACUCUCUGGUUGCUGCCGGCGGCAACAACAGCAAGGUCGGCAGCGGGGAGGGUGUUGCUGCCAGUCAGGCUCCGACCGACCCUUCUUCUGCAGGGCAUGCCUCGGCCAUGCACUUCGACGGCGAUGGCAGCGGCUCUGCGGGAAGCAGCUGCAUCCAGCCCAUGCAGACGUUGCUAGGGGAACGGCGGCCGGAGGCGCUUGCGGCUAAAGGACACAUCAACUUCCGCCUGCCCACCAGGGCUGUGCCAAGGCAGGAUGGCAGCAAUGACAGCACUUGCGCCGCUGGGGCGGCGGCGACGGCGCAAGGACCGCAGGAGGACGCCGCUGGCACACGGCCGGGUGCGCGUGGAGGGGGUGCAAGUGCAUCCAGGGGCCCGUCGGGUGAUGGGUCGGGAAGGCGUGUUGCGGCGUCCACCGUGGCACCGGGCGGUGCGGCGGCGGCGGUAUCCGCUGCUGCCUCUGACCCGCUGGAGAUGCCAGGGGGGCGGCUGGAGGUGCGGCUGGUGCGCAGCGGCUUCCUGGAGGAGGAGUUCCAGCUGUACAGCAGGUACCAGGUGUCGCAGCACGGGGACCGCCCCGAGGAGCUCAGCCGCGCCUCCUACAAGCGCUUCCUGGUGGACUCGCCGCUGCGACCCGUGGGUCGGGACCGCGACCCCGCUGCGCCCGAGUGCGGCUACGGCUCCUUCCACCAGCAGUACUGGCUAGAUGGUGCGUUGGCCCCUCGUCCACCCCUUGUCAGUCCGGGCUCAGGGGCUAACGCACACACGACUCGUGGCCAGUUUUCUUAGCACACGCGGCAUCUUGCAGUCCUGGCCUUUUUCCUUCACUACCUCACUGGACCUCACCUGACCUCACCGCCGUAGUUCGGUCCACAAUCAGAUACACGCUAAGACCCAG